AGGAUAUAUUCCCCCUUCCCAAACAUUACUAUGGUUGGCAAUACACCAUCUCAUUCUCCUCUGUUUCUCUCUCUCCUCACCGUAGCCCGAUCCCCCGCCGCCUUGGUUAGCUCUGGCCACCGGCCUUGCCCUCCCCUUCGCUUGACUCCGGCCGGCCACCGCCUUGCCUCCGCUUCCGCGCGCGCAGUGGCCACCUCGUACCACGGCAGAGGCGCUUGGAUCUAUCGCCGGUGCAGUCCACGUCCGUUGAGCUCCUGGAGGCUGGAGCCACUCGCCCACACAAUAUCACCAACGAAUCGCCGCUGCUUACCGCCGGUACCUUCUCUGUGCGCCCAAAUCCGUUCCGAUUAUUCCGCGUACAGGCAAUCUGUAACAAGAUGGUACCUCCGGGUUGGGGCUUGGGUUCUAGGUUUGGGUUCGGGAUUAGAUAACCAGCCAGCCCAACUCGGCUUCGCGUGUUGUAUUCGAUUUCCACCACCCAGCCCAAGCCCAACUCGGCUUCGCGCCUUGGGUCCUCUAUAUUCCCCCCCUGCGCUGCGCACUGCCUGUCUCUCUCUCUCUCCUUGCAAAGCUGGUAGCAUCCUGCCGCGGUGAGCCUCCACUCGCCGGCUGAUCGAUUGCGAUCGAGUUAGCAGCCAAGCACGCACGCACGCUGAGUUUUAGUUUCGCUCCAACCUCCCCGCGCGCGCUAUCAUCGAUGACGAUGCGGAUGGCGAGCUUUAAUCUCUUCCGGCUGCGGCCACUGGCGGAGCUGUUGCCGGAGGUGGAGAGCCCCACGGAAGUCGUUCCUUUCCGGCGGAAGGCGGCGUACACGGCCGGCUCGCUCCUCGUCGUCCUGGCGGGCACCCAGCUCCCGCUGUACGGGAUCGACACCAGCACGGCCGUGCACGCCCCCCUCUACUGGUUCCAGACGGCCUGCGCGGCCAACUGCGGGACCGUCAUGGCCUUGGGCGUGAUACCCCUCCUGUUGUCCGAGGCGACCUCUCACCUCCUCCUGGGAUUAAGGAUAGUCAACCCCAUCCAUGAAAACCACCUUCUCCUGAACGGCCUGCAAAAGGUGCUGGGGGUACUAAUCUCCGUCGUCGUGCCGGUCGGCAACGCGCUAUCCAUGGGGCACUGGAGCGUGGGGGCUUCGAUCCUCAUCUCGCUUCAGGUUUUCGUUGGAAGCGUCAUUGUCAUUUAUCUUGAUGAGGUCCUUAGAAAGGGUUAUGGCCUCCUUCCUGGCAUUCCAUUGUGCACCACCGCCAAUGUUUGUGCAACUCUUCUCUGGAGGGGCUUCAGAGAUGGCAAACAUGGAGACCUUGCGGCGUCGCUUGGCUUCUUUCUGCUUGUCUGCAGGUUACAAGGCUUGCAUGUCGCGUUGCCACUAACAAGGCCACGGCGAUCGCCAGAUGAUGUGGAUGCUGCUAGGUUUCAGGCCAACUACAGCAUCGACAUAUCCUACCUCUCAUAUGCUCCCAUCCUCUUCCAAGCCAUCCUCCUUUCAUGGGCCUAUGUAUUCUCAGAGCAAUUAUACAUGAAAUAUGGCGGAGACAAGCUGGUCAAUCUGCUCGGCAAGUGGGAACGGUCUAAAACUUUUGGAGGGUUUACCCCAGUAAGCGGGAUCGCCUACUACCUAACCACACCACCAACCUUGGCUGAUGUGGCAAGAGACCCGGUACACACAUGCCUCUAUGCCGCCUUGCUGCUUGGCGGGUGCGCUUAUGUAUCGACGGCCUGGUUCGUUCUGUGCGGGUAUUCCAAGAGAUAUGUGGCCCGGCUGGUUGGGCACGGAGUUAGCGUGACGCCUGCGCAGGCGGACUCCAUUCCCUUUAGCCGAUGGAGCGGCCGUGUCGCCAUGGUGGCCUUUGUCGUUGGACUAUGCGUUGGGGCUCUGACCCUCCUGGCGGGCUUCAUGCGCGUCACCGGUUCCGGUACUGGAAUUAUGCUCGCUGUCACCGGCAUAUACUCUUUCUGCUUCAACGCCAGAGCUUCUUCUGGGAUCGGCGCCAUUGGAUUCUGAUUGACGUGCUCCUUGUGUAGAUUAGUUGUACUAUCAGUCUGAUUCUUACUCUGUUGUAGGCGAGAGAAGGAAUCCUAGUAGUUACUACUGCGGAUGUAUUACUUAUUUGCCUCAUCAACGGCUGAUUGUAUUCUGAGGUUGGAUCUACUUUGUAUUCUGAGGUUGGAUGCCUAGAACUCAUCUAGCUGUGUAUAGGGGAUUCCGAUUGUCUCAUACACUUGAUGUGAGCUGAUUUUUUUUUAAGACAAUCUCGCGAAGCUUUUAUUCACUCGAACCAACGUUUAGAGGUACAAA